AUGUCUUGUGAAAUCUUUCUGGCUCUUGAAGGUUACAAGUUCCACUUCGAUGGGCUAUUUCCUUUUCUGAACGGAUCGUUGACCUCAUCAGAAUCCAACAUCACUUCGCAUUAUGAAGGCAACCAGAGCUCUGAGAAUAUUCUGGAGGAUAAACCUGUCAUUACGGAUGAUGCAUUCCUACCAACAAUUAAUAAUGAGAUGUCAGGUGAUAUUUCUUUCCCACAAACAAUGAUGGUUCCUCAAAAAAAAAAAUUGUUGUAUGCCUGAUGCACGUAUCAAAGUUUCUUGGAAUUCGAGUUACUGCAAGUUCUGCUGUGUGUGCUGGGAACUUGUAAAUACAAAAAUAUGUUAUAAUUUCAAGAGUUGUCAGUACAAUUUCAUUAUUUAUUUUGACCAUCAAAUGACUCUGAUAUUUUAUUUUAUGUUAUUUUCAUUUGCGCUUUUCUCUACAACUUAGUUGAUAAGGUGUAAAGUUUGGUACAGCUAUUUUUUACAUUAUUGUUUGAUUACUAGCAUCAGGCGAAAAGAAGCAGAUUGUCUCUGUGGAAGCUGAUUCUACUCAAAAGCAAGCUUUAUUUGUUCUACAGAAACUAAAGGUUUGCCGCCUUAAUCUUAUUUUUAUUUGAUUCCAUGUUGUAAGCAGUGGCAGUUCCUUGUACGUCUCUGAAGAACAUGAUUAGCAGUCGGACCAGAAUCCAUGUGCAACCAUUAAUUUCUGGAUUUAUUUGUCUUGAACUGGGCAUCACAACGAAUUUUUUUUAUGUGCCCUGUUUGUUGAAAUAACUUUGACUUAGAUUUCGUCGGAAGCUGAUAACAUGCUAGAAACUGAAUACUUUCAAGAGGGAAAAACUGUGAUAGAUUGGGUCACUCAUUAAAAUCUAUGUCCUCCUUGCAUUAGAACUUUCCUUUAGCUGAAGUUAACGGCUUGAAAAAAAACUAUGUCCAUCCUCGCAUUUCUUUUCUGUCCCAUCUCCAAAACUAAUCUACCAGGAUAUUCAGAAGAUUUGGCCGAUAUUGACUGGAGGGUUCUCCACUUUCACAGAUGUCUGAAAAAAUUUCACGUCUUUAAACUAUGGUAAUUCUGAGGAACAGUUUAGGUGGAGCUUUCUUUAUCUUUUCAAUCCCCUCAAUCCAAACUUUGUUUUAUAUGAAUGUACUUUCAUUUGGUAAACUUUUGCAUGCGAAUUCUCUUUUGAUUUUUUCCAAACUUUGGAAUCAUGUGCAAGUUAUGCGCUUCUUCUUAUCUGCUCAUUGUGAUUUUACUCCUUGCUGAACGUGUGAAGAGAUUGAAACCCAAACAGAGGUGCCGAAAAUAUCUUGGAAUGAGAAAUACUCUGUAAACAGGCUGUGAAGCUGUGAUGUUUCAGGAGUACAUCACCCAUCUUCUCUAGAGUUUUAAAUAAGCUAGUUCGCUUUGGCCUAUAUGAUAUGGGAUAAUGAAUCGUCUAUUUUGGAAUUAUAUGAACUAGAUUUUUUACGUCGUCCUGAAUAGUAGUGAUCGGUGUUCACUCAUCUCGUGCCUGUAUAAAUUCUAGAAGAAUAUAAUGCAUAAAUCUUGGGCCAGGCUUUGCUUGAGAUAUUGUGAUUUCCACGUUAGGCACAAAAUUUAUUUCUGGCCUUACAUGAAAAAGCUCGUUAUGAUUCAUUUGUAUGUGAACAAAAUUGUGUAAUUGAUAUUAUCUUUUGUUGUCUAUAGGCACAAAAAUUUGCUUCAUUUUCAUUUGCUAUGUAUGUGGCAGAUCAUUGAAGAUGAUGUCAGGCCUGGUGAGCUGUGCACAAGGAGGGAAUAUGCAAGGUGGUUGGUUAAAGCAAACGCCCUGUUAGAAAGGUAGUUAGGGACAUAGCUGAACAUGGGCUCAUCUCCUAGAGUUAAGUUAACCCAGUUCACUCCUCUUUUUAAACCCCCACCUUUUGUGUAGGAACGCAAGGCAUAAAAUUGUUCUGCCAGAAUUAGCUGGCAGCUCUUUUUUGGCGGCAUUUGAUGAUGUCAACGCUGAUGAUCCCGAUUUCCCAUUCAUUCAAGGUGAGUGAUGUUGCCAAUCUAUUUCCAAUGAUUUUCUUCGGACAUGUUGAAUGGCUUUAGUUCCUGGGUUGACAUUAUUUUUUCUGAAAAGCCCUCGCUGAAGUUGGGAUUGUUCCAAGCAAACUUUUGGUCGCUUCGAAAUCUCAUUUUUCAGAGGAGAAUAGUUCUUUAAACCAUGGAACAUGCGAUUUUUCCCCUGAAAGGUACGUAUAUGCUAUCUACCAAUUUGUAAUGUAUAUUACAGCCCAAUCUAUAUGCGACUUUCUAACAUCAUUCUCGCAUUUUUGUGAUGAAUUUCAUGAAUCUCAUUAAAGCUCCUUGUCUCGGAUGGAUUUGUUAAACUGGAGAGCCCAGCUAGAAUACUUAUCCACUCCUGUGAUAGAGGAGAAGGUGCGCGUGAUGUGUGAAAAGAAUGCUAUUAUUUGGCCUUUUGGUUGACAUGUUUCUGCAUGGUUUUGAAUUGACUGCUCUGUAUCUUCACAUCUAAUGCCUGACUUGUUUACAGUCCAGAUGUUAAGGAAGAAUCUAGGCUUCAUGGAUUUGGAUUCCGUAGGCACAGAUGCAACUCCAGCUUUGUUCAUGGACCUUCUGGCUGAAGAUAAGAGCAUCGUUAGGACAGUUUUUGGUAUACCACUUAGCUUGCUUGUUGUCUGUCUACUGAUUAACUAUGAGAGAUCUCAUCAAAGGCAUCAAAUGAAUUUACUUAAGCUCGCUCAUUCAAUUUUUUUAUUUAAUUUUUUUAUUUAGGAUCUAGUGUGUCUUGUAAGCGGAGCUUUUUUUCCCAUGUAUUACAAAUGAACAAAAUUGUGUAAUUGAUAAAAAAUGAAAAAAACUCAUGCUUCAGAUAAAACGGGUAUCUUAGUGAUUCUCCCCGUUUUAUCUGAAGCAUGAGUUUACUUACUUUGUUUCUUGAUAUUCCUGGUAGAUCUCCCAAGUGUGAAAGGUGAUCUUCUGGCUAAUGCCUUUACUUCUGCAUCCUUCUUUGAAACAGAAAAUAUUAUGAACACAUUGUGCAUAUCAUCCAUCCAUCAUUUCCUUGAACCCUGACGAGAAAUGCUCUCAUAAUUAGAAAUCUUUUGUCUCAAAUCUCUCUAACGAUACUCCCUGAACGCAGCACGCUUCCCAUUAAAUUUCUGAAGGCGUACUCCUGAAAUCCCCACAAGGGGAUGUGCAUUCCACCCUUGAUAUCCCCAAUGGAUUUCCUUCCUAACUUGUCCCCACUAUGCAAACAGGCAACAGCCGCCGCCUCCAACCCCACAAGCCUGUGACAAAAGCUCAGGCAGUGGUCGCCCUAGCCAGUGGCCGAAUGGCGAGGGCCAUUCAAGCAGAACUGGUCCGGCAUGAAAUGGAGGACUCAUCUCAGCUAGCCCAGAUGGAGGACAUCCGGCGAGAAAUGAUUUCCGGGGGAGAAAUGAGAGCAUUCUGGGAAGGAAAGCUCGAUGAAGAGAAGGCCCGCCGCAGAAAAAUCCAGGAAGAUUAUCUCGUGGCCUUGAGUGACCUGAAAGAGGAGAAGAUCGCCCUCGAAAGGGACCUGGCCGACCACGUGAAGGAGAGGGCGGCGCUGGAUUGUCAGAGACAGCUGCUGGUCAGCCUCAGGGAAGAGGUUGAGCAGCUGCAGGGGAGGCUUGCCGACGAAAGAUCCAAUCUUUUGACCCAGAAGGAGAUUCUGGAGGAGGAAUCCACCGAACUGCGCCGCCAACAGGACGCCAUUGCCGAGGCCAAGUCGAUUCUUGAGGUCGAGAAGGAGGCGCUCAGGAUUCUCAGGUGCUCUCUCAGCUCCUCCAUGUCCUUUUUUUUUUUUUGGGUUCACUUCUGUGUGAUCCUACUUUCCAUAUUUGGCAUGAAUGAGUUAGUCUCCUGUUCCAUAUUUAGUAACCAAAGUUAUUCUGGUUGCUGUGAACUCCUGGGACCGAGGUCGUAACCUGAAGUUCUCCGCAGGUGCUGGGUUGAAGAGGAGGCGAACAAGAACCAGAUGAGAGCGAAAGUGUUGGAGGCUGCCGCGCAGAGGUGGAAGUGGAAUGGGCAGCUUAACGUUCCCCGGGCUUCCCCAACGGAUAGCAGAGACGAAUGCCAAAAAUAG